AUGAAGGAAGCCCAAAUUGUCGGAGAGGCCCUCGCCCAGGUGCUCCCCCAAACAAAUAAAUGGUGGUUCCAACAGUCCCACUUGCUCAGACUGAACCUAGUGCUUCUUGUACCCCUCUUGUCAUCCUCCGUCUCUGGGUAUGAUGGCUCCCUCAUGAACGGGCUUCAGUCUCUGAAGCAAUGGAACAGCUACUUCGGAAACCCCACGGGGACCAGGCUCGGUGUGGUCAAUGCCGCGCAGUCAAUCGGCUCCGUCCUCUCGAUUCCCUUGAUCGGAAGCCUGUCCGACAAGUUUGGCCGUAGGCCGGUCCUGCUCACUGGCAUCAUCCUCAUCAUCAUCGCCACAAUUAUACAGGCAGCAUCCAUCAACUAUGCCAUGUUUGUCGUCUCACGUGUGAUUGUCGGAUUCGGAGGCAUGUUUGUGGUGCAGCCGAGUCCGAUGCUCAUCGCAGAGCUGGCGUAUCCGACCCACCGAGGGAAAUACACAUGCGCCUUCUGGACCAUGUACUACCUAGGGGCCAUUCUCGCAAGCUGGACUACCUUUGGCACGCAAGACUUCGACAGUACGUGGUCGUGGCGGAUUCCCUCGAUCGUCCAAGCCGGCCUGCCCCUCGUCCAGCUCGCCUUCUGGUGGGCUGUUCCCGAGUCGCCACGGUGGCUGAUCGCCAACGACAGGGCUGACGAGGCCUCCUAUAUCCUCUCCCAGUACCACUCCGGGCGUGACACCGCCGCCGAGGGCGCUGAGGAGCAUCCAUAUACCCCUCUCGUCGAGCUCGAAAUGUCCGAGAUCGUGCAGACGCUGCAGAUGGAGAAGGAUGCGGCGCGCGCCACGUCUUGGAAAUCUCUCGUGGAGACCCCGGGCAACCGCAAGCGCACUCUCAUCGCCGUCUGCGUUGGCGUCUUUGCGCAGUGGAACGGCAUCGGCAUCGUGUCAUACUAUCUGACUCUCGUCCUCAACUCCGUGGGUAUCACCGACACGUUCGACCAGACGCUCAUCAACGGCCUACUCCAGAUCUUCAACUUUGGCGCAGCGCUCAUGGCGGCGGUGCUCGUCGACCGGCUGGGCCGCCGGACGCUGUUCCUCUGGAGCAGCGUCGGCAUGCUCGUGUCGUACAUCGUCUGGACGGCUUGCUCGGCCGUGAACGCAAACACCGGCUCCAAGCCCGCGGGUAUUGUCGUGGUGGUGUGUCUAUUCAUCUACUAUUUCCACUAUGACAUCGCGUGGACUCCGCUGCUCCUCGGCUAUCCGACCGAAAUCCUCCCCUACUCGCUUCGCUCCAAAGGCAUCGCGCUGGAGCUCUUCUCCAUUUAUGCGUCGCUCAUCGUUGCUGCCUUCUGCAACCCCCUGGGCAUGGACAACAUUGGCUGGAAAUAUUAUAUCGUCUUCUGUGCUCUGCUGGUUGUCUUCCUGGUCGUGGUGUGGUUCUUGUUCCCGGAAACCAGGGGCCACAGCCUGGAGGAGAUUGCUGUGAUCUUUGAUGGGAAGCAGGCGAACCUGAUUGACGAGGUACCGGGCAAGAAGGAAUUCUCCUCGGCGCAUUUGGAAAAGGCAUCUGAUAUUACCGAAAUCUCAUGA